AUGACUUCCAGGCAGUACGAAGAGAUGCUGCAGAGAGCGAAUCUGAGCGACAUGGCCGAAAGAUACGACGACAUGGCGAGCGAAAUGAGGCUUGCUGUGGCGUUGGCACACGAGAACAAGCAUGUGCUGAAUGUAAACGCAAGGAACCUGUUUUCUGUGGCAUACAAAAACUUGGUAAGCUCAAGACGAUCGAGCUGGAGGAUUCUGUGCUCUGAAAAGCAAAAGGUAGAAGGCAAAGGGUCAGAGGCUGUGAAUGUAAUUGAGGAGAAAAUACGAAUGGUUGAAAAUGAACUGUUGAGGUUCUGCGACGAGGUUUUAGACACAAUCUCUACAUACAUCCUGAGCCUUGACGAUGCAAAGAGAAAUACUGAGUACUGUAUAUUUUUCAUGAAGAUGAGGGGAGAUUACUACAGAUACAAGGCAGAAGUCUUAGGCGGGUCUGAGCACAAGGAUGUGUCCAAGUGUGCAGCAGAGUCAUAUGAAGAGGCAACAAAGAAGGCAAAGCCUCUGCCGCCCACAAACCCCAUAAAGCUGGGGCUUGCACUCAACUACUCUGUGUUUCACUAUGAAAUCCUGAACGAUUCUGAAAAAGCAUGCCUGAUUGCAAAGGGCGCUUUUGAUGACGCAAUCAAAGAGCUGGAUGCAUUGUCUGAAGAGCAUUAUCGGGACUCCACAUUGAUAAUGCAGCUUCUGAGAGACAAUUUGACGCUCUGGGCAUCACGCGAGGAGUCUGGAGCAAUGGGAGACGAGGGUGCAAAAGGAGAACCUGACGAAUAA